CAACUGAUAUCAGUGUCAGACACACAGAGUGAUUCCCCCUCUCACAGCCAAACUGCUGCAGUAGAGUACAGGGCAGAGCAUAUGGAGACUAACAGCAGAGACACACUGCAGGCAGACUUUGAUGCAUUUGAUAUUUCUGAGGAGCUUGGCUUUCUCCUUGAAGAGCCACUGACUAACCUUCCAGACUAUUAUCGGGUGUGGCUGGACCUGGCGAACAAUCUCACACAUCUGAUAGAGACACGGAAACUGCGGGAUCUGGUACACAAGAUGCCGGUCUUGAGUCCAUACCUCUUGAGUAACCAUCGGGAGCUCAGGCUGGCUCACCUAGCGCUGGGAUUCAUCAGCAUGGGAUACGUGUGGCAGGAAGGACAACGUGAACCUGCUCAGAUUCUUCCAAAAGCCCUGGCCUGGCCCUAUUGGGUGGUAUCCCGUAGGCUCGGCCUUCCACCAAUCCUGACUUAUGCAGAUUCAGUUUUAGCCAACUGGAAAUUAAAGGAUCCCACAGGGGACAUGGAAAUUGGGAACAUGGACUUGAUAUUUUCCUUUCCUGGUGGUGAGACUUGCAGGGGAUUUUUCAUGGUGUCAUUGUUGGUCGAGAUGGCUGCCAGUUCAGGCAUAACGGGGGCUCUGGAGGUGAUGCAUGCUAUGAAAAUCUCAGACCUCAUCGGCAUACAGAAAGGUCUCUCCAAAGUGACUCAGUCUUUGAAGAAGAUGAAGGAAACUUUCAAACUCAUGCACAAUCAUGUGGAUCCAACUGAAUUUCAUGGAACAUUGAGAAUUUUUGUCUCGGGGUGGCGAGACAACCCCAUGCUUCCAAGGGGGCUGUUGUACGAAGGUGUGAGCAAUGAGCCAAUUUUGUUAUCAGGUGGAAGUGCAGCCCAGAGUUCAACCAUUCAGUGCUUUGAUGCUUUGCUGUGCAUCAAGCAUGAGGAUGAGACAGGAGCUUUCCUGACACGCAUGAGGGAUUACAUGCCUCCUGCCCAUCGUCAGCUGAUAGAGACUCUGUCUGACUGUCCAUCUCUGCGAGACUUCAUCCUGUCCCACUCCGGCUCUGAUCUCUGCCAGGCCUACAAGUCCUGUGUCUCAGCGCUGGUGGAUUUACGGAACUACCACCUCAAUACUGUGACCAAGUAUGUCAUUGUGCCCGGUAAUCAGGCUCGCGCCAUGGGCUGCCCGCUGAGAGGUGUCGGCACUGCACUGAACGCCACAGGGACCGGCGGAUCCAACCUCAUGGUCUUCCUCAAGGGUGUUCGUAACACCACUCAGAAAGCACUGAUCUUGGAGAGGCCAUCUGUGUCAAGAGAAACUGAAAUAUAAUUUAUAGCGUAUAUUACACUAUCCAAAAGCUCUUUAUGCACUAUGCUUUUUAGGCUGCAUUUAUGAAACGUUUACAAAUAUCAACAAAUAUCGCCUCAAUUAUUCUAAUCAGACAACUGUGUUUGUCGUUAUUAGAUUCAAGACUAAGUAAUUUAGGCUGGGUUAGAUGUGUAACUUCCUGUAUUUUAAUGCUUUUAAUGCAUAAAUAUUUAUGGUGCUCUUUCAUAACCACAAAACCUCCGAUAAACCUAAAAAGAGGAGCUGUUUAAUAGAUGGAAAUGUUAUUUUUUGCUGACCUCCAAUGUUUUAACUUCUUGUUUUGCUACAGUGAUGAUUAAGUGUACUUGAUCGACAUCAUAGUUGAGUGUAGCCAAACUGCCUCAAAACUUUGAACCAAAGAGGACAGUGAAACACCACUUUCCAGCCUGGAAAUAAAUCAGAGGAUUUUCUUCUACAUAAUGUUUUUACUUGACAAUAACUACUGCUACACUUUAGAAGCCCAUUUCUUCCAGGGGGAAAAUGGAUAAAAAGUAAUGCAUAAUGAAAAUAAAAAUACUCAGUGUAAGCAGAAUGAUGAGAUCCUAAAUCAAAAUUAUGAGGGAGUACAUUUUUUUACCCGCUAUCUCAAACAAAAACUAACUUUUCCUUCGGCAGAAAUGGGCUUCCACCACCGUACAUCUUAACAUCCCUAAAUAAACUGCACUUUACUCUGAUAUAAUACUUAAAAUAAUCACAGUAUGAUUUUAAAAAGUUACAGUUACAGACACUGCUAUAAAAAGGGAGUGUUUCUUUUUAUUUAUUCUGUUUUUUUUGUGUCCAUGAAAAAUGUAUAAUGUGCAAAACCUCAAAUCUGUACACCCUUGAAUCUUAUUUUGAGAUAAAUGAUUUGAACGUUGUUGUUUUUAAUAUUUUAAAAUAUAUAAAAUUCUUAUCAGUUGCUA